CUUAUAUAUAUUCCUCAAACUUCAUGUAUCGUACACUAAAUGAAAGAACAUUACAGAAUUAAUAACAGUGGAUAGAUAUGCCCAUUUUGAAACUGCUUGUCGUAAACCAUGAUGGGACGUGCUUCCAAGCUAUGCUCGUUUCAGUCUGUGAAUGGAGAUACCACUCCUAACGUUUAAACAAUUAAAAACCCAAGAAAACAAUAAUAGAGGAAUCCUUUCCACAUAUUUACUAUAUUUGUUUAAGAAAUUUAUUUUAUUUGAACAUUUCUUCAAUAAUCAUUUAUUGUUGCGUUGACACUUAAAAUGAGCAAGAUCUCAAACAAAGUAGGCUUCGGUGAAGCUUUGAGGAGGUUCCAGGAGAGUAAGGUACUCCUUGUCGGCGCUGGCGGCAUUGGCUGUGAGUUAUUAAAGAAUCUGUUGAUGUCGAAUGUGAGGGAGAUUUGUAUUAUUGAUUUAGACACUAUAGAUCUAUCGAAUCUAAAUCGCCAGUUUCUUUUUCGGAAGCAUCAUGUGAAGCAAGCGAAGGCGAUCGUAGCUAUGAAAACAGCUCAGUCCUUCAAUCCAAAUGUAAAAAUAGAGGCGAUACAAGCGAAUAUCAAGGAACCUCGUUUCAAUAUUUCUUGGUUCCGCCAAUUUGGGAUGGUUUUUAACGCGCUCGACAAUCUGGAUGCCAGGCGUCAUGUUAAUAAACUAUGUCUACUUGCUAAUAUUCCACUGGUGGAGAGUGGUACUACAGGAUUUCUUGGCCAAGUCCAAGUUAUAGCUCAUGGGAAAACGGAAUGUUACGAUUGCAAUCCUAAACAGCAAGCUAAGGUCUACCCAGUAUGUACAAUUCGAAGUACGCCCAGUCAACCAAUUCAUUGUAUAGUGUGGGCAAAGAGUUAUUUCUUUCCACAAUUGUUUGGUGAUAAUGAGGAAAAUGAUGAAGGAAUACAAAAUAUUGCUCAAAACGAGGCACAAAAGAAGGAGAUAGAAGAGUUGGCACGCGAGACAGCUGAACUUGCAGAACUUAGAAAUUCCCUCGUAACAGACUCGAACGCUUUCGAAAAGAUUUUUGAAAAAAUUUAUCAUAGGGACAUUGCUCGACUUAGAGCUGUACCUGAUAUGUGGACUUACCGAACCGCACCUACAGUUUUAGAUCUCAAUGAAUUAGGCCAGAAAGCUGUUCAUUUAAGUUCUCCUUGGUUGGAUGAACAGAAAAUAUGGACUCUGGAGGAGAAUUUUGCAGUUUUAAAGUCUUCUAUUCAACGUCUUUCACAAAGGCUUAAGAAUUGUAAUAGUGAAGGCUUAUCUUUUGAUAAAGAUGAUAAAGACACCAUGGACUUCGUUGCUGCAUCUGCCAACCUACGAGCGUAUUCUUUUGGUAUUGAACAGCAUUCAGAAUUUGAUAUUAAGCAAAUGGCCGGGAAUAUUAUUCCUGCAAUCGCUACUACGAACGCUGUGAUAGCUGGACUUUGUGUUACUCAAGCACUUAAAGUGUAUCAAAAUGAUAAUGAUGAAUUAAAAAAUGUAUUUAUGGCGAAAAGAGCCGACCGCGUUUUUCACGGAGAGAAGGUAUGCAAGCCAAAUCCGUAUUGCGCUACAUGUUCAUUUAAGCAUAUGCAAUUACCUGUUGAUCAUUACCGCUUGCUUUUAAAGGACUUUGUCAAAUAUAUUUUACAUGAUUUUUUGCGUUAUUCUGAAGAAGUUAGCGUUAUAAAGGAAGACUUGAUUUAUGAUGUUGAUUUCGAAGAUAACUGCGAAUCGACAUUAGCUGAUCUUGGAAUAAGUGGUAAUAAUAAUACGGUUCUUACUAUUCUCGGUGAAGAAGAAAGAUCAGACAAUGGGAAAACAGCGGAUUCACAAAACGUAACUCGUAUACCUCUUCUUCUUGAGGUGCUCCCUAUGGAUGGACAUACAGAUGCGUCAAACAUACCCUAUCGAUUACCUUCCGAGACUACAGUUAUUCCGCUUAAACCUGAGCCGUUGCGGUCUUCAGAAGCUGGAAAAGAGUCGACUGAUACUAAAGGUGUUGAUGACAUAUUUGAAGUUAUGCCUUCAGAAAACGAAAUAAUAGAUAUAGAAGUCAUUGAUGGUGAAGACGUACCCAAUUCGGGCUCUCCAAAGCCAAGGGUUAGUUCAUUGAAAAGGAAACCUUCUACAACGGAUGAAACAGAUACUAAAAAGAGCAAGAACUAGGUAAGGAUUACUACUAGAAUUCAUUCCAUGUUUUUACUGGCCUUAACCUGACGCACAGUUAAUUUUGAACAAUUGGUAUUAGUUUGUCAAACGAAAUCUUGUUUAUAUCCAUGUCUUACAUAUCUGUGAAAUGAGCUACGAAUAAUAAUUUUUAUAACAAUCAAAAAUAUAUUUACCAUUAUAAA